AAAAAUGUCUCUUUCCUACAUAAUCACACACUGCCUUCCCUUUGGUGGGAAACCGCCCCACCACCACCACCACCACCUCUCUCACAUCCAGUCCCUCCCUCCCUCGUCCUCCUCCCUCUGUCUGGGCCUCUCUCACCGAGGAGCUGCACAGUAAUGGAGUCCCAUCAUGCAGAAGGUCUCCGUGUUCUCAGCACGGCUUCCAGGCUGGCGUUCAUGUUCAUCGCCGAUCUUUAACUUACUGUAAAGUUUACGCUCUUUUUAUUUUUUGUUUUCAUCCUCAGCACAAGGACUUCUUUCAUACAUUUUUUUUUUCUGCGUCAAGUCUUUUUCCAUGUGUUGAUGUUCAUAUGAGGGGGACUGUUCCAACAUAGAUCAUCAGUUUCUGCGUUUCAGUGCAAGCUGCUUUCUGUUUACACGCAACCCGCAAUGAGAGGACCUCAUUGGGCUUUUUCCUUUUUUAAAGCUGCAACUGUAUCUCCUCUGGAACUUGGUAUGGGCCGUUUUUUUGCUCCCCGGAUGGGUCUUUGGGAGGUGGAAGCACGUGAACCUGUCUGCAGCAGAUAGUUUAGUGAGCUGCUGAGGUUUUAUUUUGAAGGACCUGCGACAUGGGCUGAGCUCCUGUGCUGAGUAUUUAUUCUCCUGAAAGCUGUUCAAUAUUCCGAGGAUGGACAACGGGAAACGGGGGACGGAUGGCACUUAACUCACCGGUUGAACUCUAAUUUAAUAUCCUAACGUCUGCCAAAGUUCUCACGCGCACGCGCACGCACAGGCGCGAGUGGACAGCGGCGCGCGCCCCGGUUUGGAGUUGAAGCGUCGGGCCACUUUUCCGACCAUUGAACCGCGAGGGCUCGCGUUUAGUGUGACGUCACCUGGCUAUCUGCGGAUUCAUUCCUCAUUUUAAUAAGUCAAAUCUCGAUUGUGGAAUAAACGACAGUCUGGUGUUAAAAGACGCAGGCGCAUGUACGCACAAUGUAAAAUUGUUGUAAAAGGGUCAAGUCGGUGGAUGUGGUUUUCCUUUCCACAGAAAGUGGUUUCCACCCAAAUAGCCUGUUAGAACUGCACGUCUGCACUUUUUGGGGGACUGUACUUGAUGCCAGUAGUUCAUCAGAGGGCAUCGGUUUGACGUUUGACGGGACGCAUCUCUGUAUUAUUGCUUUGGAGAUUCAGCUUUAGCCCCCCCACCUCCACCUCCAGUGAACCCCAUCACUUCAGCCGCACCCCCGUAUCCAUCAUCACCACCACCACCACCACCACCAUGUGGCUGCCGCGCGUCGCGCUGCUGCUGCUGCGCUUCUCCGGCGUGCUGCUGGUGGAGGGCUUCAACACGUGCCACUCCAUCAACCUGGACGCGCAGAAGUCGCGGCGCAUCGAGGCGGUCCGCGGGCAGAUUCUCAGCAAGCUGCGCAUCCGCAGCCCGCCGGGCAAAGACGCGGCCCCGCCGCCGGGCCUCGUGCCCGCGGAGGUCAUGCUGCUCUACAACAGCACGCGGGAGCUGCUGAAGGAGCGCGCGCGCCUGGCCGAGUCCGCGUGCGAGCGCGAGAGCAGCGAGGAGGACUAUUACGCCAAAGAGGUGCAGAGGAUCGACAUGCUGCCCCCCCGCACCGACACGAAUGCUGUACAGCCUGCGACCCCCGACCCCCAUUACCGAGUAGUUCACUUUGACGUCAGUGGGGUGGACCUGACCAACAGCACCCUGUUUAAAGCUGAGUUCAGGAUCUUCAGAGCUCCAAACCCGCAGGCCCGGGCCUCAGAGCAGAGGGUGGAGCUCUACCAGCUGCUGAAGCCAGAUGAAGAGAGCACCUCCACCCAACGUUACAUUGACUCCCGCACCGUUCAGCCCAAGGAGAAGGGAUCCUGGAUCUCUGUGGACGUCACCGAAACCAUUAAGGACUGGGUGUCGGAUCCAGAGAACAAUCUUGGCAUGAAGUUGGGCGUCCACUGUCCCUGCUGCACCUUCGUCCCGUCCACCAACAACAUUGUCCCCAACAAGAGUGAAGAGCUGGAGGCUCUCUUUGCAGGUCUGGAUGACGAGCAGCUCCGUCAGAUGAGAAAGCCCGGUCAGGUCAAAGGUCAGGCCGACUUCAGCACCAAGACGCCGCACCUCAUCCUCACCGUGCUGCCCAGCGACAGAGCGGACGACCCGGCCAGGAAGAACCGCAAGAAGAGGGCGGCCGCCACGGACACCACGACCUGCUCCCGCGGCUCGGACCAGGGCUGCUGCCUGCGCUCGCUCUACAUCGACUUCAGGCGGGACCUCAACUGGAAGUGGAUCCACGAGCCCAAAGGCUACAAAGCCAACUUCUGUGCCGGCAACUGUCCGUACAUCUGGAGCGCCAACAACCACUACAACAUGAUCCUGCCGCUGUACAACAAGCUGAACCCCGAGGCCUCGGCCUCGCCCUGCUGCGUCCCUCAGGACCUGGAGCCCCUCACCAUCAUGUACUUCAUAGGCCGCACGCCACGCGUUGAGCAACUCUCCAACAUGGUCGUCAAGUCCUGCAAGUGCCGCUGAGCUUAUCGGAAGAGGCGAGGGAGGAGGAAAGACUUCUGUUGGAUCUCUCACAGCAGACUUUUGAGGUAUUAUUUUUCUGCUCAAGUAUGUGCAUCCUCUGGGACUUUGCGUUUGCUAGAGGACACUGUUGACAACGAAGCACAGCUGUAUUAAACCAGUACUUGGAUAUUAAAGGAGGCGUUGUGUGAUUUGGCCCACAUUUGGUCUCCACGGAAAGGAUUCUUUUUUACCGGGACUUUAAUUCCACCUCGGCCGUUUAUAGGCCUGCGGGCAGCAGGGCCGAGCUCGACGUGUUUGUUUUAGGUUUUGAAGGUGUUGAUGGGGAGGUGGUGGCGUGGAAAAGGUUUGCAGACGGGGAUCUUUAGGCGGGGGAGGCAGGGAGCAGAUAGAAGAGAGAGAGAGAGAGAGGAGCUGUGUCCAGGCGGAGGCCCUGCCAGCUCACUGCGGUUCCAAAGGCUGAAAUCUGCCCGGCGUAAACAGGAUGUGAAAGAUUUCCAGACACCGACCCGACCACUCACGGAACGCUAGAUUUAAACGCUCCCCUCAUCUCCUCUCUCUCUCUCGCUCUCAAUCGCUCUCUGCUGCUCGAGGUUCUGGGAUUUGUGGUGGGAGGAGAGAGGGAGAAAAGAGAGGCUUUGGAAACGAGACCAGGGAUGAAGGUGGUACUUUGCAGCCGUAGCAAAUUUGUACCUAUUUGGGUCUGACUCAAAUAUUCCGUAAUCACACUCUUAUUGUCCUUUUCUCACUGGGCACUUACGAUCUUAUUGUGAAAACACUAUUAUUACAUUUUGUCAUACCUAUUUUCCACCACACACACACACACAGUCUCUCUCUCUCUCUCUCUCUCUCUCUCUCUACACCCAAGUAUCCACAAUGACCACUUUUGACCAAAUGUCUAAAAGGCUGAAAAAAAGAGAAAAACAUCCUUAGGGCAUAUUUUAAAUAUAGUCUCCGGUAUGCCAGUGGUUUGGUUUCUGUUUGUGUGCGUGUGUGUGUGUAUGUGUGGGUGUGUGUGUGUGGGCACAGAAAUGACUCCCUGGCUAUCGUUGUAAUUUGAAUUAUGUUUGUGACUCGGGGGGGUUUCUCCCUGCGAGUGAGAUUUCUUUUCUUUUUUUUUAGGACGGAAGAACUUAAGGAGACGCAAUAAACUCGAUGUGUUAAGUUCUUAUAUUUUUAAAUAAAGAGAUAAACAGUUCUCCAGCAAUCGCAGUAAAAUAGUUGCUUCCACGCCGCAGCGAGAAUGCAGCCUCCCACCCGAGUCAAGCAGCAUCUGUUAGUCCUUUCCACUUAACUACCCCUUGCUAUAUCCAACCUGUACUUAUCCCACGGUGCAGCGCCAUUGCUCCGUCUCACACGGAGUCCUGCUGUCCUUCAGUGGAGAGUCGAUGGACCCCCGCUCUCUCACACACACACACACAAUAAACACGUCUGUUAAAA